GUUGGAAACUGUUGUUGUAAAAUGGAAAUGAUGGAUUGUCGUGGAGUUGGAUUUGUCGACUCACCAUCACCACUCUUCGUUGGACGCAUCUUUGAUCACUCACAUAGAAAUACUUUUAUUUGUAGAGUUAAAAGAAACUAUUGGUUGCCCACUCGAAUGUCGUUGACUGAAGACAACGCCACAAAUCACCCCAGAACCAACACUUCUCCUUCGGUUGCUGCUUCACAAGUUUUAUCAGAACCGCAGUAUGUCUCGCCUUUGAGUACUCGUUACGCUUCCAAGGCAAUGAGGGAAAAUUUUUCAGAUCAUAGUCGCUUUCGUUUAUGGCGUCGAUUGUGGUUUGUGUUGGCGGAAUCUCAGCAUCAGCUUGGUUUGGAGUAUAUAACCCAAGAACAGUUGGCUGCACUUGAAAAUGCUCCCCCUGUCGACAUCGAAUUGGCCCAAUCCUAUGAACGACAACUGAGACAUGACGUUAUGUCGCACGUAUAUGCUUUAGGUGACCAAGUGCCUAUCGCAAAGCCUAUUAUCCAUUUGGGUGCAACUUCUUGCUUCGUGACAGAUAACUCGGAAGUCAUCCAAAUGCGGAACGGUUUGGAUAUCUUGAUCCCCAUGUUAUGGUCAGUUAUUUCUAGAUUGUCAUCAUUUGCAUUGAAAUACAAGGAUCUGGAAACACUGGCAUUUACACAUUUUCAACCAGCACAACCAACUACUGUAGGGAAAAGAGCUUGUUUGUGGAUACAAGAUUUUCUGUUCGAUGUAGAGCAACUGGAAUCGGUUCGCAAAAAACUUCGAUUACGUGGAGUAAAAGGCACGACUGGUACUCAAGCGUCUUUUUUGUCACUUUUCGAUGGAGACCAUGAGAAAGUGAAGCUUCUAGAUGAUAUGGUUACCAAGAAAAUGGGAUUUGAUGAGCAUUGGCAAGUUACCGGUCAGACGUACACUAGGAAACAAGACUACUGGGUAGUCUCUACUCUCGCUGGCAUUGGUCAGUCGGCUGCUAAGAUGGCUAACGAUAUACGGCUUUUGCAACAUAUGAAGGAAGUGGAGGAACCCUUUGAAACAAAACAAAUAGGUUCAUCAGCUAUGGCAUAUAAACGAAAUCCCAUGCGAUGUGAACGGAUAAACUCUUUGGCAAGAUUCCUACAGUCUUUGGUGAUUAAUCCAGCAGAAACUGCAAGUACUCAGUGGUUGGAACGAACAUUGGAUGAUAGUGCAAACAGAAGAUUAGCCAUAUCGGAAGCGUUUCUUUCAACUGAUGCCAUUUUGCAGUUAUGUCUCAAUGUAUCCAAUGGACUGGUGGUCUAUCCUCAAGUUAUCAAACGAAACCUUGCAAGAGAGCUUCCUUUUAUGGCAACUGAAACCAUCUUAAUGUCAGCAGUUCGAGCCGGUGGAGAUAGACAACUUCUGCACGAGGAAAUAAGAAAAAUGUCUAUGGAGGCAGCUGCCAAGAUUAAAGAAUUUGGCGAAGAAAAUGACUUGAUAGAGAGAAUAAAGGCGAACCCGCAUUUUGCAAGCAUUCAUGAGCAGUUGGAAGAAAUUUGUCAUCCCAAACAUUUUGUAGGAAGAGCUCCUCAACAAGUAGAGGAAUUUUUACAACAUAUCAAUGCACAAUUGAAAGAAAGAAAUCUCAUUUUACAUGAAGGAGAUGAAGUAAAAGUUUAGUUGCUAUUCAUAGUUUUAAAGGCAAACAAAGGGUUAUAUUAACAAUACC